AUGACUAUUUUGCUCUUGGGAUUCAAGGAAUCUGGCGAUGUUACUGCAAUGGAACCCUUUUACCACGAGAUGGUUCGAAGAGGUUUUAAGCCGAACUGUAUGACGUACAACAUUCGAAUCGAUGCUUACUAUAAGAAGGGAUGUUUGGGGGAUGGUUUACGGCUUCUUGAAGAAAUGGAACGCCUCCAUUGCCUGCCAACACUCGAGACAAUCACUACUCUGAUUCACGGGGCUGGUGUCCAGAGAUAUAAAUUCCGCAAUGGAAUUGAUGGACGAGAUGGAGCAAAAGCAGAUAAAGUCCGAUGGCGUUACGUAUCACACGAUGUUCUUAGGAACGAUGAAGGCGAGUGGCAUAGAGGGUGUUUGCGAGCUUACGAUAAAAUGAGCAAGAGAAAUUUCGUUCCCAAGAGCCGGACAGUGGUGAUGCUAAUGAAGUUCUUUUGUGAGAACCAGCAUCUGCAGCAGGGUUUACAUUUGUGGGAUUAUUUAGUGCAGAAAGGGCAGUGUCGAUAA